GUACGUUCAGAUGUCUACAGGACCAGAAACUUGAAAGGACGCUCUGGUAGGUAGCUCAUGCUCAUGCUCAUGCUUGAUUGUCAAGAACUUGAAGCUCCUGACAGUGAGAUCAGAUUUCUGAACGCUACUCCGCUGGAAGCAAUGCCCAGUCAGGGACCAAACCACCCUCAUGGCCAACCCUGGCUGUCUGCACACAUGGGCAAGCCACACAGGAAGGAGGCUGCAGCCAAUACUGUAAAGAGUGAGCUGCUAAAACAUCCGCCCCGUCAAGAGACGUUGCAACAAGAGCUGGAGAGGGAAGCCAGAGUCGAAGCGCACACGAAUGAGCAGAUUGCGAAGCUGGAAGAUAUAGUCAGCAACGAACGAAGAGAGAGGGCUGAUCGAAGGGCAAAAUUGAAGGAAACUGGCCCAGUCCCUGCAAUCAAACAGGCUCUUGCACGGGGUGAAAGUAAGUGAGGAGUUUAACUUGUACACCAUGGAAGAUUGAUGCCAACCCAAAAUACGAACACUGAUUGAAGGUGGCUACACGCUGCGUGCUGGCUCCCGCAGCAAUCCUGGAACGGCUGCGCAAUAGUGACAUGGUUAAACUGUACAUAUCAGGGUCCUUCUGCUUCAGUGGUCACGCUGCAGAGUAAGAAAACCUGUUGCAAGCCUUGUAGCUCCUCCAGACUCCAUGUGUUUGAAGGUAGGAAGUAAGCUAUUGACAUCAGGCAUUCGCCGCGUCAGCUGAUGCCUGAAGAAUACAGACAGAAGGACUGUGUACAAUGUGUCAUGUAUAGUAUCGGUCUUUUACGAGUUACAAGAAUCUGACUUGAUCAUAUGAGGGCCCUUGGAGAAGAUGUUUGCAUAGUACGAACUCUCGAGCUGCGUUGAAGAUCCGUGAAUCAUUCUGGUC